AUGGGACAGGUAGACGAUGAGGACUAUGAACUUCUUCCUCCGGAACAUGGUGUUCAGAAGGCGUGGGAAGCACGAGGACGAACAGGGCUUUUCGCACGGUUGGAAACCCAGGUUCUCCUUGGACUGCUCCUUCUUUCUGUACUAUUCAACGUUAUGUUUGUUCUUAGUUGGACAUCAAGUAGAGAUGAACUAUCUGCCUCCAAGCAGCCCGUCUGGGCCAGUUCUAGUUAUCGAAGGGAAGAGGUGAAAACCGGAUUCACGAAGGAAGACACAAUGUGGUGGAAUACCAAGUACAGCGGGACAAAUGAGAGCGAAGUGAGUGACCUCUGGCAUAAUGGCAUUCCCUGGGAAAGCGGGAUCAUCGCAAUCAACAAGCAAGAGGCAAAUGAGUUGGGGUUGCCCGAGUCGCAGUCUUUCCCGUGGGACGUAACGAAAGGGAUCUAUAUCCUUAAUGUGCAUCAUAUCCUCCAUUGCAUUCGGAAUCUAUACAUCUCCAUCGAGGAAUACCGUGACAACCGUCCUCAGAGUGUUACCUAUCCUCAUAUCUUGCAUUGUCUAGACAGUAUCCGGGUGGAGACCAUGUGCGCGGGCGAUGACACCCUACGAUACAUUCCUUUGAAUGAUGUCUCCGGAUUCAAGCCUGGAGAUGGACAGAAGCGCAUGUGCCGUGACUGGCGUCAGAUGCAGUCCUUCGUGGAGAAGCAUGACCCAUGCUAUCGGCAGCAGUUCUUGGGUUCGAUGACGGCCAUGUCGGGGUUUGCAUUGGGCUCGGCCUCGGGGGCUGGAAUUGGGCUGGCCAUUGCGGCGGCUACAAUCAAGUAG